GCAUGGUCAAAAAAUGUCGCAGCCACGUUCUCGAAAUGUUGGGGGGUGUGAUAAAAGGAGAGUGUAAUAAAUGAGACACACACCCAAAAAUCUAUCGCUGUCAAUCACGCAGUAUAUCCCUAUGAUAUACAUCUUUCUCUGUAAAUAUAUAUUCACUGUACAAGUGCAUCAGAGGGACGUCAAGUGAGAAAUCCCCGACCUCCUCUGCAGAUUAUUGUGGCUGUUUCUUGCCUCUAUCCCUGGUCAAAGAAAUUCAGCUGUAAUCCCCUUUCUCUGACUCUGCUGGAGACCCAUUCAUAUUCUAAUCACAGAACCUUUUCCUUCCCCUAAAAUACAGCCACUUUUUUUUUUUUUUUUUUUUAUAUAGUCCAAAGCUCCGCUCCUUCCCCUCACACGUUUAUCCCCUAACCUCAAUCUUGCAAAUAAAAAAAACAACCAAAUUAAAAUUUAAAUUCCACUUCUUUGUAAAACUGUUCCCUGCACAAAGUUUGUAUUUCCGACAUUAAAAAGAAAAAAAAAAAAAAUCCAAAAAAAAAGUGGAUUUAAACUUUGUAAAGAGUGCGUGUUCUGCAUUUGUAAUUGGCCCCUCGGAAUUUUUGAUUUGAGUCUGCAGAAAUUAGAUUUUGUUGUUUUUUUUUUGUUUGUUUUUUUUGAAAAUUCCCAUCCAGUCGCAGGUUAUAAAUUAUAGAUAUGUAUAGAUUCCAGGAAAAAAACUAAAAAAAAAAAAUUAAAAUAAAAAUGUCUAAAUUAAUUUGUUCAGUUUGGGGUGAUGGUUUCUGCAUGCGAAUCCGUUUUUCAGUAAUAAUGAGCACAGGGGGACGUAGGACUCCUCUUUUUUGAAAGUUUAAAUAAUAAGAAAAAAGGUUUUUAUUAUAUGAAAAGGGGUGUCAAAGUGCCGGGAUUGCGUAGAUAUAAACCCCCCCCCUUUCAGACGAGACCUUUUCUUAUUCAAAGCAGCAUCACAAUGGGCUUCACAUUGAGUCUCGCCACAUCCCAAUGUAACCAGCAGCCAUUCAUCAGUCAAUGACAUGUGUCCCAUCAGGGCUCCUACAAAAUCAUGGUUUUUCCCAUGAAACAUCCGCAAACAUUGUGACCGGUCUGGAUUACUGUGUCCGUUUUUUAUUCCGUCUUUCUCCAUUCACUGUUGAGAUUAGUGUCCCAUCCUCAGGAUUGUGCCGUUCCUAUACUGCUUAUGGGAAGAGCAUGAAUUGCGACUUACUGGAGCAGCCGGACAUGGAUUCUACAGAAAGUUGGAUCGAGCGGUGCCUCUGUGAAAGUGAAAACAAGCGUUACUCCAGUCACACGUCUCUCGGAAACAUUUCUAAUGAUGAAACUGAUGAAGAAAAGGAAAAUCGAGCAUCAAAGCCUCAUUCUACUCCGGCAACUUUGCAAUGGCUGGAGGAGAACUAUGAGAUUGCAGAAGGAGUGUGUAUUCCAAGAAGUGCCCUUUAUAUGCAUUACUUGGAUUUCUGCGAGAAGAAUGAUACGCACCCAGUGAACGCCGCCAGCUUUGGGAAGAUAAUUAGACAGCAGUUCCCGCAGUUAACCACGAGAAGACUUGGCACGAGAGGCCAAUCAAAGUACCAUUAUUAUGGCAUAGCGGUGAAGGAGAGCUCCCAGUACUACGAUGUAAUGUAUUCCAAGAAAGGAGCAGCUUGGGUCAACGACUCAGGGAAAAAAGAAGUCCCCAAGCAGACAGUAACAUAUUCACCACGAUCCAAGCUCGGCACUUUACUGCCAGAGUUUCCAAAUGUCAAAGAUCUAAAUCUGCCAAGCAGCCUUCCAAAAGAAAAGAUUUCUACUUUUAUUAUGAUGUAUCGAACCCACUGCCAGAGGAUACUGGACACUGUUAUCCGAGCCAACUUUGAUGAGGUUCAGAGUUUCCUACUGCACUUUUGGCAAGGAAUGCCGCCCCAUAUGCUUCCUGUGUUGGGUUCAUCCACCGUGGUAAAUAUUGUCGGGGUUUGUGACUCUAUCCUCUACAAAGCAAUCUCAGGAGUCUUGAUGCCAACUGUGUUGCAAGCUCUGCCAGACAGCUUGACCCAAGUCAUAAGGAAGUUCGCAAAACAACUGGACGAAUGGUUAAAAGUCGCUCUCCACAAUCUUCCAGAAAACUUGCGGAACAUCAAAUUUGAGCUGUCGAAAAGGUUCUCACAAAUACUUAGAAGGCAAACGUCGUUGAACCAUCUCUGUCAGGCAUCCAGGACUGUAAUACACAGUGGAGAUAUUACGUUUCAGAUGCUGGAGGACUGGAGAAAUGUUGACCUGAAUAGCAUCAACAAGCAAAGUCUCUAUACAAUAGAAGACUCUAGAGAAGAACACAGGAAACUUAUCAUCCAAUUAUAUCAGGAGUUUGACCAUUUGCUAGAGGAGCAGUCUCCAAUCGAAUCUUACAUUGACUGGCUGGAUUCCAUGGUGGACCGGUGUGUAGUAAAAGUAGCCUCAAAAAAGCAAGGGUCGCUGAAGAAAGUAGCCCAGCAAUUCCUUUUAAUCUGGUCGUGCUUUUGUACAAGAGUCAUUCGGGAUAUGACGUUGCACAGCGCGCCGAGCUUUGGGUCGUUUCACCUAAUUCACCUAAUGUUUGAUGACUACGUCCUUUACCUGCUGGAGUCGUUACACUGCCAAGAGAGAGCCAAUGAACUCAUGAGGGCCAUGAAGGGAGAGGCGCAGGGGGAAAUUAGAGAAGAAAUAGUACUGGGGGAACCUGCAAUUUCCACACCUUCACCAGUUCCAUUUUCACCGGCCGCUUCUUCUUCCUCAGUCGAAAUUCCAUCUGCAAGUUCACCUGUCAGCAACCAGUCCCCAGAAACUGGAGUGGCAGCCACAACAGGUACAACACCAUCAUACACAUGGUCUCUAACUUACACUGUCACUACAGCUGCUAAUGGACCUGGAGAAAACGGUCAGCAAGUCCCGAGGAGUCCGCACAUGACCCCAUCAGUCCCACACAGAAUACCUGUAUAUCCACACAGAGAAGAUGGAUACACGGGAAGCUAUAACUAUGGGACUUACAGUAACCAAGGACACCACCCAAUAGCAUCUCCGUAUACAUCAUUACCGCUGGAGUCUGGCCUCUCUGGACCUCUACAUUACACUGCCUAUCACAGAAGCAGCUCCCAGUACCCAUUUAACAGCCAAACGCGAAUGGAGCCCUGCCUUAUGAGUGGUGCAACAAGACUCCUUCCCAGCCAGGUGGCACCCCAUUGGCCAGAUGUUGCCUCAACCAACUCCUGUUUCACCAGCCCCAGAUAUUCAAACGCAAGUGAGAUGUACACGUCGCUGGCACCACGGAUAAACUCUGACUAUGAACACAUGCAGCAUUUCCCAGGCGUCGCCUACAUUAACGGGGAGGCCAGCGCGGGAUGGGCAAAAUGAAGACGGUGCCGGUGAACUUUGUCAAUACUGAAGUCUUUUUUUUUUCUUGAACUACGAAAAUACGUUUUUGUACAGAGAAACUUGGCAAUGCCACUGUAGAAAAAGAGAUUUUAUUGCUUAUGUAGAGCACUAUAUGGGCCAGGCUGUGCCUUUUCUAAGUUAAAGGAUAAGUAAACCUUUAAAAUAAGUGAAUGUAAAAUUGAUGAGUGUUAUUCUAAGCCCUUUUGUCAUUUACAUUCAUUAUUUAUUUUCUUUUUAUUCCAAGAUAUUAAGGGAUACAU